UAUGAAUGAUGCAUCUAGCCGACUAGAAAGCCAUCCACAAUUAUGGCGAAUAAUUUGACCUUAUUCAUUAAUGACGGUAACAGAAGUCGCAAUCUCACAUCUCACCAUUGAACCUAAGUAGCCACUACUUCACUACUUACUAUACCCAUUCCAACACUAUUACCACUUACUAGCAAAACUGAUCUCUUUAUUUUGAUUUAACUGAUACAUAUUCGAAGAAAAAGAUCAUACAAGAUUCAUCAGUAGUCCUACUUUAACUGUUACUUUGCUGAGCUCUUUUAACGUCUUUUUGAAAAAUUAUAAGGUUUGUUCUUUCUUUUUCUUCCUCUAAUUUCCUUUCCAAUUGCUAAUUUCCGCUUUAAACCUAAGAUCUUCCUAAUAUCACUUUUUUAUUUAAAAUUAAGCUUCAUAGUUUACCCUGUUUCUUAAAUUUUUGUUAUUUGGAUCGUUGAUUUGUAUUGGUUCAUCUAGUUGAUCUUAUAUAAUCAGGGUUAAUUCUAUGGCAUUGUUGUCUUUUAUGAUCUGAUUGUUUUUUAAGGCUUUGAUUUGAUCUAGUUCUUACUUUUUCUAAUGCUGUCUUUUUCUAUUGUGUAUUCCUCUGGUGCAAUCUACACAAUUAAAUUAGAAAUUUCAUAAUUUCUCGCAUUAAAUUUAGAUCAAGAAGUUAUGCAUAAACAAUUUGAACCCUUUCGGCCCGUUUGGUUAGUGAUACUAAACGGUGGUAAUGGGAAUGAUUUAUAGCGUAAAAUUUUAUCAAAAGUUACGUGUCAUUCUCUAUGGUAAUGAAAUUACGAAGAAGUUUUUGUUUACAAAUUUUCAUUACCACUUAAUACCACCUCUUCGAAUGGUAAUACAUUAGAAUAGAUUUUAUGAAGAAAAUGAGAUGAUUGAAGUUGGACAACAUCAAGGUAGCCAAGAGAUUUUUCAACCAAAAUUAUACUGAUUUUCAUUCUCAUUACCACCGUUUAUUACAACCUACCAAACGAGCCGUUAAUUGUGUAAUCCAUUCAGACAAAUUGGGAUUUGUAAGCAUAAUUUUUAAGUGUUAUUUGACUAGUAAGUAGAUGUAUUGGAUCAUUGAGAAAUCUGAAUUCAAUUGCUGGAAAUUUUGCCCUUUUAUUAGAUUUUAGGAGGAUAAGAAAACCUGUUGUGAUUUCUUUUUAGUUACACUGUGAAUCAAAUAUUGAAGCUAUGGUAGGACCACACAAUCGAGCGGGAUCCAGUGGGCGACUGCGAGAGGCAGAACUUGUUGGUAGUGAUCCCGAGGAUGAGAUUAGAAGAAAGAAAGAUAAGGAAAUGGGUGAUUUAUGUUCUACAAACGUUUCGAAUUCUUUGCGAAAUAAAAUCGACGAUAGUUACUUUAGAGUAGACAAAAAUAGUGGUGGAAAUGGCAAAAUGAAGCAUCAAUUGUUUAGUUUAGUUCUUAAGCUAGUAGUGGCUAUUACAACAUUCAGUUUGCUUCUCACAUCUGUUAGACGACUGGUUUCAAUAUCGAGAAAACCAUCAGUUAACUUCAUUGGUGGGUAUUGGUGGUUACCACUCCAAGAACAGCUGAUAUCUGAUUUUAAGGAUAUUCAAGAUCUUGCUCUUGGUUCCUCAAGGCUCAAAGAAAUUGAGUUUUGUGCUCAGGAAUAUGAAAAUUAUGUACCUUGCUUUAACUUUUCUGAGGGUGCUCAAGGGUCCCAUUCGGACCGUCAGUGUGAUGGUGGUUCAAGGGUAAAUUGUGUGGUUCUUCCACCCCGUAAUUACAAGUUGCCGCUUAGGUGGCCUGCUGGGAGAGAUGUCAUUUGGUAUUCUAAUGUGAAGAUUUCUGCUCAAGAGGUUCUUGCUUCAGGAACCGUGACAAAAAGGUUAAUGAUGUUGGAAGAAGAUCAGAUAUCAUUCCGUUCUGACUCUCUUAUGUUUGAUGGCGUUGAUGACUACUCGCAUCAAAUUGCAGAUAUGAUUGGUCUUAGAAGUGUCUCUGACUUCAACCAGGCAGGAAUUAGAACUGUUUUGGACAUUGGGUGUGGCUACGGUAGUUUUGGAGCACAUCUCUUCUCGCGAAAUAUUUUAACAAUGUGUGUAGCAAAUUAUGAACCAUCAGGUAGUCAAGUUCAGUUAACCCUUGAAAGAGGUCUUCCUGCGAUGAUUGCUUCCUUUAGUUCUAAGCAGCUGCCGUUCUCUUCACUUUCCUUUGACAUGUUGCACUGUGCGAGAUGUGGUAUUGACUGGGAUCAAAAAGAUGGGAUUUUUCUGGUUGAAGCUGAUCGACUUCUGAGGCCAGGAGGGUAUUUUGUCUGGACUUCUCCAGUCCCCAGUAUACAUAGAUCACCUGAGAGCGAUGAAAGCCAAAAGAAAUGGCAAUUCGUCCAACAUUUUGCUGAAAGUUUGUGCUGGAAUAUGCUUUCACAGCAAGAAGAUACAGUUAUAUGGAGAAAAACCACACACAAGAAUUGUUAUUCAUCUCAGAAGCGUGAUUUAAGCCCUCCUUUAUGUAAGAAGGGCUAUGACAUUGAAUCUCCUUACUAUCAACCUCUGCAUCGAUGCAUUGGUGGAACUCAUAGUGAAAGAUGGAUUCCGAUCAAACAGCACACUGCUUGGCCCUCUAGAGCAAAUCUAAAUUCUAGUGAACUUAACAUUUAUGGUGUCCGUACUGAGUUAUUUUUGGUAGAUUCCUUGAAGUGGAAGUCAGCAGUUCAGGAAUAUUGGUCUCUGUUAUCACCUCAGAUUUUCUCUGAUCAUCCUAAGAGACCAGGGGAUGAGGAUCCUUCCCCGCCCUUUAACAUGCUGAGGAAUGUAUUGGAUAUGAAUGCUCAGUUUGGAGGGCUCAACCACGCCUUGCUGGAAGCUGGGAAACAUCUGUGGGUUAUGAACGUGGUUCCUACAACUGCAAGUGAUUCACUCCCCUUAAUACUUGACCGAGGUUUCAUAGGAACAUCACAUAAUUGGUGUGAAGCGUUUCCUUCAUAUCCACGAACAUACGAUAUGAUUCACGCUGAUGGAUUGCUGUCACUUGAGACUCAGCAGCAUCAAAAAUGCACAAUUCUUGAUCUCUUCUUAGACAUAGAUAGACUUCUUCGUCCAGAGGGUUGGGCUAUAUUCCGUGACACACUUUCAAUGAUUGAAUUAGCUAGAACACUUGCAACCAGAUUAAGUUGGGAUGCUCGUAUUGUUGAUGUUGAAUCAAACAUUGAUGAGCGCGUGCUUGUAUGCCGCAAGUCCUUUCCAGGUGAUAAAGUGUAAACAUAUGAUGUUAACUUGUAUUCUUUUUGGGAAUUAGACAUUUUUUUUUUCUAGAGAUGCAGAAAAAUGGCUGCCUGCUAACUGAUUAUGUUUGGAAUUUUAAAACAUUAUGAGUAGGAUGAGAUUCAAAAAAAUUUUGAGUUAUAAAGACAGAUAUGUUCAAUUAUAUUGAAUAAACUACUUAGUAAACUAUACAUAUGUUGUAUAAUGUAUUUGUUUCAAAGUAUAUACAAGCAUAAUACACAUUGUUUAUUACAUCUCCUUCAUUCUGUCUCUGCUUU